UUAUUCUGUUCGUCUGAAGCAAACAGUAUGAAAGUCCGAAUCAUAAUUUAAGAAACUAUUUUUUUUUCACACAAUAACACCCUUCACAUAUGUUGUUAAAGCACCAUUUGUAUGUAGUCACAGGAGCCAAUCGAGGCUUUGGUAGAACAAUUGCCCAAACAAUCGUAAAACGGAGCAAAUGCAAAACCACUUUGGUGCUGGUGAGCCGUAAUCACCAACAAUUAGAAACUUUUAUCGCGGGAAAGGAAAACGUCUCUUGCCAUUUUAUUGCUAAUGCUAACCUUCAAGGUGCAAAGGAGGCUGAAGAAACUGUCAUAAAUCAGCUUCACAAACUUUUAAAGCAAUGGCAAAACGAAGAUGUUGCGCCAAUAACGAAUGCUUUCCUCAUUAACAACGCGGGAUCUACAGGUGACUUAUCCAAGAAAGUAAAAGAUUAUGAAGCUUUGGAAAUACAAGAGUACAUAAAUUUCAACAUCACUUCUUAUGCUAUGCUGGUUUCUGGAUUCAUUCGUUUAUUCGCAAAAGAUAUAGUACAGACAACGAUUGUGAAUAUCUCAUCAUUGCUUGCCGUUCAGCCAUUUCCCAAUUGGGGCUUGUAUGCUACUGGUAAAACCGCUCGAGACAUGCUUUUAAAGAUUGUAGCAAAGGAAGAGCCUUCUAUCUGUACAUUAUCUUAUUCGCCUGGCCCUUUGGACAAUCAAAUGCAAAAGCAAGUUCGCGAGACAAUAGGCGAUACUGAACAGAAUACGCUAUACACAAAUAUGGCCAAUGAGAAUAAGUUAGUCAAAAUGGAAGACUCUGCUUGUAAAUUGUUUGAUAUAUUAGAGGAGAGUAAAUUUGAAUCAGGUAGCCAUAUAGAUUUCUACGACGAUGUCUGAGAAGUAACGCCGUUCAAUAAAGAAAGCUAUUAGUUCACCCUUUUUCGUGAGGUAAAUUUUUGAUGAGAAAUGGUUUGAUCGUUAUAUACGUACAAGAUGCCUACGCCAUUGAUUCAAAGAUCGAAAAUGUUGAGCGGAGGUACCUCUGCGUUCUGAUCUGACGUACAAGACGCUCCUAAUGGAUCCCUUCCUGCUUCAUAAGUUUAAUUGCAACGAAGUCGGGCGCUCUUUCCAAACCAGUAACGCACUGUACAGCAUUGUACUGAUGUGCUCUUCAUUUAUUGCAUUACGCAUCAGCCUGGAAGCAUUCUCACUUAUAUCUAACCAUUUACAAAUCAACUGUGAAGAAGGC